AUGGCCACUCGCACGACUACAAGCGAGACGAAUUCCUCGGACAGUUCUUCAGAGGGUCCAUCGCUGUCGAGACGCGGCACUUAUGCAUCCAAGGCAACGACGACCAAUGAAAAGAAGACCCUUUUGGGUUGGAUCAAGAAAACAUGGGAGAAGACGGGCUUGGACCGACCAACUAUCUUGUUGAUGAUGAAAGGUGGACUUGCGCCAGCGAUUGCUGUGUCAAUCUAUCAAGCCACCGAUGUUGCGAAUGAGUAUACCACUCUCGGUUACCUCAUGGCCAUUGUCUCAAUCCUUGGCUUCGCUAUCAUGCCGAGGGCCAAGUUCAUCCAAAUGAUAAUCUUUGACGUGUUGGCCGUCUGUAUUGCGGCCUGCUUUGCACUGUUGACGAUGUAUUCCAGUGUCAAAGCACGCGAACAUACAAGCAACCAGACCACCGGCCAAUCCUACAACUCAUCAGCAUCUGCCGUCAGUGGAGUAUGGCUUUUCUUCCAGAUUUGGCUUGUACACACGUUCCGUGCCAAAUACCCUCAAUUCCAAUUCCCCGUGAUCAUUUACGCCAUUUUCGCCAACGUCUCAUCUGUUUAUGCCCCGCAGAUGGUGAAUAUGACAGCCGCAAUUACCAUGGUGGAACAGCUGCUCAGAACAUUUCUAUCUGGAUUAGCCAUUGCCACCGCUGUCUCGCUUUUCGUCCUUCCCAUGACGUCACGCACGGCUGUCUUCAAGCAGAUGGCAGGCUACAUUGGGGGUCUUCGCUCUGCAUUGGGUGCCCACGCAGUCUAUUUCGAAACCUUAGAAAGCGACGACAUGUUCGGUCGGGCCGAAACAUAUGACGACUCGCGCGAAAAGUUUGGCAAGAAGGGUAAAGUCUACAGUCCCGAGGCCGAGGACAUUCGAGCUGCGAUCCGGCAAAUCACAGAUCUGCAUGCCAAAUUGCAUGGAGAUUUAUCUUUCGCAAAAAGAGAAUUUGCGCUUGGUAAACUGGGUCCGGAUGACCUGCAGUUGAUCUUUCGCCACUUGCGACAAAUCAUGAUUCCUGUGGUCGGGUUGAGCUUUGUUGUCGAUAUUUUCCAGAGGCUGUCCGAUUACAACAGAUGGAAUGCGCCGCUGGACCCGAAUGCCGAAACGGUUCCUGAGGAGAUUCGCUCCCGUGCUGUGCGCGACUGGAAUGAUAUUAUGCGGGCAGUGCAUGAUCCUUUCGCCGAGAUGAUCCAGACCAUUGAUGAGGGACUACUGCAUACCUCGUAUGUCUUCCGACUGACAAAGCCGCCCAAGAAAACGGCAUCUGCAGUACCUACGAAUAGUGAAGCUGGAGAAGAGCCGAGAGAUGUAGAAGCUUCGGCAGGAAAUACCGCGCCCGGGGAGAAGGGUUUCACAGCUCAUUUUGAGAAGAAACUGGGGGAGUUUAGAAGCGCGAAGCGCAUCGCUCUUCAGACUUGGGCCGAGGAGAAGGGAAUCAAACUGCCACCUGACUUCUUUGACCACCCUUCCUCCAUGGGAAGUUUGAAGGGCGACUUUUUCUCUGCGUCUGCCUCGUUCCAGGAUCGAAGUCGACGACAACUAUACCUUUUCCUCUACAUGGAGCAACUGCUUUAUUCGACUGGAAAAACGGUCCUUGAGUUCGUUCGAUACGCUGAUGAUGUUGCCGCCAAGGGGAAACUGUCACGAACUCGACUCAUCAUCCCUGGUUCCAAGCGCAUGAUCAAAUGGGCCAAGAGCUGGUUGAAGCCCGAGGACAGCCAUGAAGAUGACAACAUGGGCGAUGUACAUGCGCAAAAUAGCAGCCUUGAGCUUGGCGAGGCAUAUAAGCACCGCAAAGACCCUGAGCACCUACCACCUAAUACUGCGUUCCAAAAGAUCGGCGACAAAGUCCGGGUGAUUCCUUGGUUUCUGCGCUCGUUCGAAUCUACCUAUGGAUUCCGAGUUGCAUGCGCAACCAUGACGAUCGCAAUUGUGGCUUUGCUACGUGAUACUCAAUCUUUCUUUACAAAACAACGUCUCGUGUGGGCGAUGAUCAUGGUAAAUCUCAGCAUGUCCCCGACUUCUGGGCAGAGCAUUUUUAGCUUCGUGCUACGAAUUGCAGGUACAUCCAUCGCCAUGGUGGCAAGUCUUUUAGUCUGGUAUAUACCGGGCCAGAAGACCCCGGGGGUUAUCGUGUUCCUCUUCCUCUUUGUGUCUUGCGCAUUCUACGUUCCCAUCAAGAUCUUCCGUUUCCGUGUCAUUGGAAUUAUCAGCAUCGUCACUACGACCAUGAUUAUUGGGUACGAGCUUCAGGUUCGCAAGGUGGGUGAGAAGGUUGCCACCUCCAACGGGCAGCCGUUUUAUCCAAUCUAUCUGCUCGCGCCGUACCGUCUGGCCACUGUCAGCGGAGGUAUUGCGGUCGCGUUCCUCUGGACUUUCUUCCCAUAUCCUAUUUCGGAGCAUUCGGUACUCCGUCAAAGUCUGGGCGCAUCGUUGUACCUCCUAGCCAACUACUACUCUAUUAUUCAUGAGACAAUUUCUGCUCGCAUGCGCGGGGACGAAGGGGAUAUGACACUCAAGAGUUCUGCGGGUCGGAAGUUAGAGAAGGCUCGGCACAAGGUCUUCUCAAAACAGAUGUUGAUGUUGAAUGGGCUGCGAACCUAUUCAGAAUUCCUGAAGUGGGAGGUUCCUGUUGGUGGGAGAUUCCCAAAAAAGCAAUACGACUCGAUCAUUGUUUGUGUUGAAAAUAUCGUGAGUUACCUCAGUUUACUCGGGUACGCGUCGGACACCUUGAUGCGUCUCGGGGACGACGAAGAUGACGAGACAGGCUCAGCCUGGAUGCACGACUUCCGGCGGCUGGUCGGCACUGCCAACGUCACAACCCACGAGGUUACAUCUCUGCUAUGUCUCUUGUCGGCUAGCAUCACCAACCGGCAACCUCUACCUCCCUACCUCAAGGCUCCCCGACCUUACAGCUUCUCCAAGCGCUUGGAAGCACUUGAUAGUGAUAUCUUGAGUAUCAAGCACAUUGCCGAGCCGGGAUUUGCCGCAUUUGCAGUCUUGCAGAUUUCCACUCGUUGCAUUGUUGGAGACGUCGAAAGACUGAUGCGGCACGUGAAGGGCCUUGUUGGAGAAUUAGAUUUUUCAUUCCAUGCCGUUAGUACGAUGGAUGCUAGAAUUGCGGAUUCGAGAUAUACCUCACGUGCGCCAUCGAGAGUCAGCGUCAACGAGAUUCAGGCGGCAGAUCGCGAGAAGAAGGAUUGA